GGAGGGGCCUGGCGGCAGGGUGGCGGGGCGGGCCUGGGGGCGGAGAACCACCUACCGGGUCCGAGGAGACUGGAGGGCAACCUACCCCGGCCCCGGGCGAUUCAAAGAGGCAACCGCGCCCCACCCCCGCCCCUCGCGAGCAGGCAGGGCCCACAGCCCUAUAUAUAACUAGAGCCCCCCCCCGGAAUCAUAUAAAUUGAGAGGCUUUUUCUUAUUUUUUAUUUAUUUUAAUUUUAAAUAUUUUAUUUAUUUAGAUGACAGAGACAGAGAGUACAGGUAGGCAGAGAGACAGGCAGAGGGAGAGGGAGAAGCAGGCUCCCCGCUGAGCAGCGAGCCCGAUGCGGGGCUCGAUCCCAGGACCCUGCGAUCAUGACCCGAGCCGAAGGCAGACGCUUAACCGAUUGAGCCACCCAGGCUCCCCUUUUUCUUAUUUUUAAUUGAUUGAAAAGAUCAGCAUUUAAAAUAGUAACAAUGUAUUAUAGGGUUUUUAUUAUAUACAGAAGUAAAAUGUACACAAAAAUAGAAAAAUGGAUGGAAGUGAGGAAGUGGAAGUAUGUAGAAGUAUAGACCUACCCCAUACCUCCACAGGACACAGCCCCCCCCAGGACACACAGGCUCCCCCCCACAAGACACACAGCCCCCCGCAGGACACACAGCUCCCCUCCCAGGACACACAGACCCCACAGGACAUACAGCUCCCCCCAGGAGACACAGCUCCCCUCCCAGGACACACAGCCCCCCCCAGGACACACAGCUCUCCUCCCAGGACACACAGACCCCCCCCAGGACACACAGACCCCCCUCCCUGGACACACAGCCUCCUUCCCUGGACACACAGCCUCCCAGGUCACACAGACCCCAGAGGACACACAGGCCCCUCCCCACAGGACACACAGACCCCCCCUCCCUGGACACACAGCCUCCCAGGACACACAGCCCCCCCCACAGGACACACAGCCCCCCUCCCAGGACACAUAGACCCUCCCCUUCCAGGACACAGGACACACAGCCUCCCUGGACAUACAGCUCCCCCUCCUGGGACCCAUAGACCAUCCCCUCGAGGGACAAAGUCUGGACUUUCUGGCACAGAGCAGCUGGGCUGUGGUCCUACUCCAACACUGAGUGGCCAUGGAGACAAGACUGCUGGCCCUAGGGUCCCCUACUCAGACAACCCUCUGGUCUCUCUCUCACUGUCCCCUGUCCUAUUUUCCCCUUGCACCUGGACGUCCACAGUCCAGGCAGCACCCGUUCCUGCCCCUCCCAUCCUCUCCUCCCAUCUGUACCCUUGGGCUGCUGACCCACCCUACAAGGUGGCACCCUUUCUGCCCUGGGGCCCUGGGGUCCUGGGGUCCGAAUUUACCCAUGCAUGCCCUGCUGGUAGAGUCGGCAUAACUCAGUUUCCGUAUGUGGGGGUAUCUCAGGCUGGUGGCCCGUGGUUUGGGACAGGGGCCAGACACUGAUCGCAGACUCACAGACCUGGGGCUCUUCACUGCAGCCCACAGACUCAGAAAGAACCCUGCUGCUGGAGAGCCUUGCCCCAGCAGUCCGGUUGUUACCUCUGCACACGGGCACCUGUGGUCACCAAAGCGGGCACUCAGGGAAAUGAGAGACUCAGCCCUUCCUUUGAUCUGGGGCCUCCCGCAGGUCCUAUGUCACUCCAGGUCCUUCUGUGACAGACAGUAGUAGGCUGGGGGUGCUGCUGAGGGGGCUCCUCGCCACAGCCUCUGUAUCUUAACCCCAGAAACUCAAAGCUGUACCACCCUCUGGAAUGGGUCGAAUGGUGACCCCCAGAGACAUGCCCACACAGAACCUGUAACUGGGACCCUAUUUGGAGAAUCUUUGCUGGUGUAAUUAAGGAUCCUAAGAUGAGAUCACCCUGGAUUUAGGGUGGACCGUGAAUCCAUGACGAGUGUCGUCCUUAGUGGAGAAGAGGAGGGGAGAAGACAGAGGGGAUGGCCACUUGAUGGGAAGGCUGAAACUGGUGCCACGCAGCUGCAAGCCAACACGUGCUGACAGCUGCAGUCACUCCCAGGUGCCGGAAGAGGCCUGGGAAGGCCCCCCAGCCCCCAGGCAGUGAGGACGUGGGUGUCCCUUCUUGGAGCUAUCUAUUUCUGGCAGCCCUAGGAAACCAGCACAGCCCGUCGGUAGCUCACAUGUCUUUAGGCAGCAGAUGGGAGAAGUGGCUCGAAAUGAGUGCCGGGCUCCUCACUGACUCCCUCUCCUAGGUGGGAGGGGGCACGUUCUCACCUCCGGGGCGCAGACUGGGGUUUGAGCCAGGGAUGGAGGGCAUAGGCAUUACGUGUGUUCCCUACUAAAGCCCAACUUUCUGUCUGUAAGAGGAAAAUUACAUCUAGGUGUUCACAAUACAGGCCACAGAGAGAAAUGCUUCACAGGGUCUCAGAAUACCUUGUGUGUCUCCACUGGGGACCGCGUACUCUGCAUGGUGUCUGUCUGUUAUGGGUUCUCACUGCCAGCCCAGGACACAGCUCAGCCUCUGCUCGGGGAGUGCCGGCUCCUCAUGCCAGGAUAGGGAACUUCGUCGGGCACCUGCCAGCCUGCUUACAUGAAGCCAGCCCGUUUCCCACCACUGACUCGCCUGCGCGCUGCCUGGCAGACCUGUCCUGCAGCCAUCCUGCGCUGACUCUGCUCAGCCUCAUCCAGUUCCUCUGUUUGGCCAACGGCAUGAGAACACUCCCAGAAGAGGCCGGGGCCCUGAGGGGAAGGAAGACCUGAGAACACGUGCACCGCUGGGAGCCAACAGGGAAUGCCACUUGGAUUUGCUAAAGCACUUUCUACUGUGAAGUAUAACUUCUUGUUGUGGAGUGUCCUGGGGCCAGCACAACACUGGGGUACUCAGCACGGCGGAGAUUUGCCCUCUCACAGCUCUAGGGGCUCUGGGACUGGAGUCUGAGAUCCAGGUGCAGGCGGGGCCCUGGGGGCUCCUUCCCGCCUCUGCCAGCUUCUGGGGGCUCCAGGUGUCCUUUGUCCCCCGGGAAGAACUCCAGGUCACAGAGGCUAUAUUCCUUCUAGAACAUUAGUGGUAGUCUUAAGGAGUCCUUCAGUUGAAGAUGGAACUGAAUGGAAGGGAGGAGAGCCCUGUUUGGUCUGGUGUGACCUUGCCACCAGGGGACACGUUCCAGUGCCCCCCUGCUGUCCUUGGCCUUAGGGACCUGCAGCUUUGGUUCUCCAGAAGUCUGUUCUUCACAGGGGAGAAGAGGUGCUGCAGGGGCUCCCUUCAACUUAGACCUCUCCUCACAUCCCUCCUGGUCACCCACGUAGGAAAGAGAUGCCCCACCUGGGCCGGCCCCACAUCGGUCACAGCAGGUCAGAUGACACCCAUCCUGGGCACCCUGGCUGUCCCUGCACUCAUGGUCAGCAGGUCGACCCUUCUCUGCCAUCCACUGCCGGACGGAGAAAAGGUGCUGUGGCCCCAGCAGGACAUCCUCCCAGGCCGGCAGCCGCUGCAGAGGCGCUGUCCCCUAGCCCGCUCCCCUGUGGACAUUUGUCCCCAUCGUGCUCAGGGGGCUGUGCGACCUCAAGCCUGGCCCUAGGCCUUCAGCGGCCAGGGGUGGCCAGCCUCAUUUCUCCUCUGGCCCUCCGAAUAGAGAUGUUGCUUCCGAUUCUCAAGUCCCUUAAAUUUCUAAAAAUCUGUAAAUAGUUAAUAGAAACUGAGAACUGGGUGUUUUCCCAUUGCUACUUACUUCUUAAAGAUUCCUCACCGUAACCAUCAGCUGCUGCCGAGAGAGAGGUCAGGCAGCUACAACCAGGAAGGGAAGGGAGUCUCUAUCAGCAGAUGCCAUGCUCAGGACAGGCAAUGAAGCAAAUGAAAUAAAGGGCUAUGUGAACACACGGAAUCAGAAAGAACCAGCCAACAGUCCUACCAAGAAACAAGUAUACAUUUUAU